GAUGGCGUCGGGCUGGAGAGCCGCAGUCUCGGCUGCAGCACCUGGGAGAAGGCAGACCGUGUGAGGGGGCCUGUGGCCCCAGCAUGCUGUGGCCUCGGGGAGUGGGAAGUGGAGGCAGGAGCCUUCCUUACACUUCGCCAUGAGUUUCCUGAUCGACUCCAGCAUCAUGAUUACCUCCCAGAUAACCUUGCCUCGUACUUACUCAACAAAAGUGAAGCCAAAAGAUACUAUUUUUUGGAUUUGGGUGGCUUUUCUUCAUGCGCCAAUUGUUUAGACUAUGAGAUAUGUCAGUAUGUUGUACAGGUGAUCUUCUCCGUGACAUUUGCAUUUUCUUGCACCAUGUUUGAGCUCAUCAUCUUUGAAAUCUUAGGAGUAUUGAAUAGCAGCUCCCGUUAUUUUCACUGGAAAAUGAACCUGUGUGUAAUUCUGCUGAUCCUGGUUUUCAUGGUGCCUUUUUACAUUGGCUAUUUUAUUGUGAGCAAUAUCCGACUACUGCAUAAACAACGACUGCUUUUUUCCUGUCUCUUAUGGCUGACCUUUAUGUAUUUCUUCUGGAAACUAGGAGAUCCCUUUCCCAUUCUCAGCCCAAAACAUGGGAUCUUAUCCAUAGAACAGCUCAUCAGCCGGGUUGGUGUGAUUGGAGUGACUCUCAUGGCUCUUCUUUCUGGAUUUGGUGCUGUCAACUGCCCAUACACUUACAUGUCUUACUUCCUCAGGAAUGUGACUGACACAGAUAUUCUAGCCCUGGAACGGCAACUGCUGCAAACCAUGGAUAUGAUCAUAAGCAAAAGAAAAGGAUGGCAAUGGCACGGAGAACAAUGUUCCAGAAGGGGGAAGUGCAUAACAAACCAUCAGGUUUCUGGGGAAUGAUAAAAAGUGUUACCACUUCAGCAUCAGGAAGUGAAAAUCUUACUCAUUCAACAGGAAGUGGAUGCUUUGGAAGAAUUAAGCAGGCAGCUUUUUCUGGAAACAGCUGAUCUAUAUGCUACCAAGGAGAGAAUAGAAUACUCCAAAACCUUCAAGGGGAAAUAUUUUAAUUUUCUUGGUUACUUUUUCUCUAUUUACUGUGUUUGGAAAUUUUUCAUGUUCUUUUAUGCCAUCUCUAGCAGUAAGUCCUCCAAUGUCAUUGUCCUGCUAUUAGCACAGAUAAUGGGCAUGUACUUUGUCUCCUCUGUGCUGCUGAUCCAAAUGAGUAUGCCUUUAGAAUACCGCACCAUAAUCACUGAAGUCCUUGGAGAACUGCAGUUCAACUUCUAUCACCGUUGGUUUGAUGUGAUCUUCCUGGUCAGCGCUCUCUCUAGCAUACUCUUCCUCUAUUUGGCUCACAAACAGGCACCAGAGAAGCAAAUGGCACCUUGAACUUAAGCCUACUACAGACUGUUAGAGGCCAGUGGUUUCAAAAUUUAGAUAUAAGAUGGGGGAAAAAUGGAACCAGGGCCUGACAUUUUGUAAACAAACAAAAUGCUAUGGUAGCAUUUUUCACCUUCAUAGCAUACUCCUUCCCCCUCAGGUGAUACUAUGACCAUGAGUAGCAUCAGCCAGAACAUGAGAGGGAGAACUAACUCAAGACAAUACUCAGCAGAGAGCAUCCCGUGUGGAUAUGAGGCUGGUGUAGAGGCGGAGAGGAGCCAAGAAACUAAAGGUGAAAAAUACACUGGAACUCUGGGGCAAGAGAUGUCUAUGGUAGCUGAGCCAAACACAUAGGAUUUCCGUUUUAAGGUUCACAUGGAAAAGGUUAUAGCUUUGCCUUGAGAUUGACUCAUUAAAAUCAGAGACUGUAA